AUGACGACGACGUCGACGCAGGCGCCCGUCGGCGACUUCCUGGAUGUGUCGCCUGGCGAGUAUGUGGAGCUGCUUGCCGAGUUUGUCGAGGCGUAUUGUCUGGCGGACAUCGAGCGGCUGCUCGACGAGCCCGAGCCCGAGGUCUGCUACGGUGUGGCGGUGUCUGUGGUCGAGUUCAUGCAGCACAACGUCGAGCUAUGCCACAUGGUGCUCGGCCACGCACUCGAGCUGCUACCGCUGUUCGACACCGCGCUGCGGGCGGUGCAGAAAAAGGUGCUGGCGCGAGCGCCGCGGUCGGCCACGGGCGUGGCGCGGAGCUUCAAGGCCAACUGCAGAGCGCGGCUGUGCUCGCUCCCGGUCUCGCCGCAGACCAUCAAGAACAACCUGCCGCGGUCGUGCGACUAUGGCCUGUUUGUCUCGGUCACCGGAACCAUUAUCCGGACCGGCAUGCUCAAGUCGCUCGAGGCCGAGCGCGAGUACGAAUGCUCCAAGUGCAAGACCAUUGUGACGGCGGCGGCGGACCUCGAGCGGUACAACGUGAUCAACAAGCCGAGCCGGUGCACCAACACCGACUGCGCCUCGACGUCGUUCACCCUCUUUUCCGAGCUCGGCCUCUGUCGCGACUACCAAGAGAUCAAGCUGCAGGAGAAGAUGACGUCGCUGGCGGUGGGCAAGAUCCCGCGCUCGCUGGUGGUCAUUCUGCAGGACGACCUGGUCGACUCGUGCAAAGCCGGCGACGACGUCACCGUCUGCGGCAUUGUGCUCCGUCGGUGGAAGCGCGAGAAGGUGGACGAGCGCGCCGAGCUCGAGCUCAUUGUGCUUGCCAACCACGUCCAGGUUAACAACCAGUCGCGCGAAGGCUUCACACUCUCGGACGAGAUGCGGCGCGAGCUGAUGGUGUUCUGGCAGAGUCAUCAGGACGCGCCGCUUGUUGGGCGCAACGUCAUCCUCGGCUCGAUCUGUCCACAGAUCUUUGGUAUGUACAUCAUCAAGAUGGCGGUGGCCAUCGUGCUUGUCGGCGCCGUGCAGAGCGUCGACACCUCCGGCCUCAAGGUCCGCGGUGAGUCGCACUUGUUGCUGGUCGGCGAUCCCGGGACCGGCAAGUCCCAGUUUCUCAAGUACGCUGCCAAGCUCGCGCCGCGCUCGGUCCUCACCACCGGCAUCGGCUCGACCAACGCCGGCCUCACAGUAACUGCGGUCAAGGACGCCGGCGGCGAGUGGAUGCUCGAGGCCGGCGCUCUGGUCCUUGCCGAUGGCGGCUUUUGCUGCAUUGACGAGUUUGACUCGAUCCGUGCCCACGACCGCGCCACCAUUCACGAGGCCAUGGAGCAGCAAACGCUGUCGGUGGCCAAGGCCGGGUUGGUAUGCAAGCUAUCGACGAGGACCUCGGUCUUUGCCGCUUGUAAUCCCAAGGGCAAGUACGAUCCGACCCAGUCGCUCUCGGUCAACACCGCCAUUCCCUCGCCGCUGCUCUCGCGGUUCGACCUCUGCUUUGUCCUCCUCGACGAGCAGGCCGAGGCAUGGGACGCUCUCGUCUCGGCACACAUUCUCAAGAACCACACCAAGCCGCGCGACGAUGGCGAGCGUGACGACGACGCCGCCACCGCCGGCGGCCACUCUGGCUUGUCCGGUCGGCAGUCGCGGUCGGCGCGCGGGACCGUCGGGGCCUCGGGCCGCCCAGCCUCGAUGUCGUUCUCGCUCGGUGGGCGCUCGUCACGGUCCAGCGAGGAUCCGUCGCGCUCGAGCGACCCGGCGCUUCCGGCGCCCGAGGUCGAUCCGUGGUCAAUGGAGAAGCUGCGUGCAUACAUUGCCCUUGCCAAAGCGGUGUGCCACCCGCGGCUCACCGCGCCCGCCGAAGUCAUCCUCAAAACGUACUACCAGCUUCAACGGCAGGCCGACUCGCGCAACGCAGCGCGGACCACGCUGCGGCUCCUCGAGUCGCUUGUCCGCCUCGCACAGGGCCACGCGCGGCUCAUGUUCCGCGAACGCGUCCUCAUCCAGGACGCCAUUGUGGCGGUGACGCUCAUGGAGGCCUCGAUGCACACGUACGCACUCCUGGGUGUGACCUCAGCGCUCCAUUCCGGCUUCCCUGACGAUCCCGAGCUCGAGUACGGCGCGCAGCGCUCGCUCAUUCUGGACAGGCUCCAGCUCGCGCACCUUGUCGACGACCCAGACGAUGUGGACGACGCGCGCCAGGUCUUCUUCGAGACCUGGCUCUCGCAGCCAUCGUCGCAGAGGGUCCGCCGACUCAACGGACUUGUCUCGUCGCAGGGCGGCGGCGGCGGCGCUGGGCCUGCGCGCCGCACCGCCGUCGGCCCGUCGCGAUCCAAGUGGUCCAAGUACGUGACUGGCGGCGGUGGCGACGAGAGUGAGAGCGACGACUCGCAGUCGAGUUCAGGCGACGGCGGCGGCGAUGACGACAUCGGCCACAGCGAUGUGGGCCAUCGGCCGUCCACGUUCGAUGACACGUCCACCACACCAGCCACCGCCGUCACUUCGGCCGCCUUUCGGCCGCCAGCCGGCAUCGCGCCGCAGCUCCCGGCGCAUCACGGGGACUCUGGCCCGCCACUGAGGCCGGCCACGGUCUCCUCGCCAGCGCCAGUCCAAGCAUCUGGCCUGGCUGGCUCGACUAUCCUGACUGGCGGCAGCGAGCCGACGCCGAGUCAGGGGCCGGUGGCGCCGAGCGUGCCGCGUCCUGAGCUCUCGGCCGGGCCCCUCGCGCCGACUGGUGCCAACGGGACCGCUGCUCAUGAGCUCGACGCCGACGACGACGACGAUCUGCCAACCAUUCCCACCGAUGACCUGCUUAUUCCUGACACGCCGCCCGUGGCGGUCUCGAGCCUCUCGCUCCGGCGGCGGCCGUUCCAUUGA